AUGUCAUUGGAAUCAAUUGCACUUGCAACUCACAAGGAAAAAAUUGAGAAAAAAGAAAAACCAGAAACAAAGACAGUGGCAAAAGAAGAGAAAAAAGCUAAGACGAAGGAAAAGACUGAAGAAAAAACUAAAAAGGAAGUGAAAGUUGGGAAACAGGAGAAGGUGAAGCAAACAGCUGCCAAAAUAAAAGAAGUACAGAAAACAUCACCUAAAUCCAAAGAGAAGGACGAGAAAGGGACAGCAGCUGUGUCCAAACAUGAAGAUCAGUAUGCGUUCUGUCGAUAUAUGAUUGACAUGUUUGUCCAUGGAGAUUUAAAACCAGGACAGAGCCCAGCCAUACCACCUCCAUUACCAACUGAACAAGCUUCCAGACCCAAGCCAGCCUCACUUAUUCUUGAAGGCAAAGAAGGCAAGAGCAUUACCAUUAAAAGGACUGGCAUGUGCAAAGGCAUGGAGAUGAGAAAGAAGCAAGUCUGGUCCAGAGAAGAAUAAGAUGUUCAUCAUGGAGAGAAGGAAGGAGGUGUGGAGAGAGUUUGGGAGAGAUGAUAAAAAGACAUGCAAGGGAAGAUGAUGCUACGCCUUGUAUAGGCAACCUUGGGAUUUA